AGUACCUAUAUGCCCAAUCUUAUUCUAUAGAUCCUACAUUUACUUUUUGUUCUAAGCUCUCCGGUGAACACUCUUCAUUUCCUGUCACAUUCAUGUUUUCAUUUGUCAUCAUCCUUUUUGCCAUACAGAUUAUAGUCUUGGGUCUUUGAGAGAAUUGCUAUUUCAUCUGGCUGAGUUGGAAAUCAGUAGUUGAGUGGGAUUGACGCAUAAUUGAUUGAUUAAUACAACUUUUGUAGUUGGCCUUGUUGGCCCUUAAAAGGCUCCUGGUGCGCAUAACCCUUCACCAAAGCAGACAGAAAAUUUCUCCAUUGCCAGCACAGAGAAAUUUGGAGAGAUGGCUCUCUCAAGAGCUCUCAAUUUCUGCAGGAGCUUUUCCACAGUUUCUUCCGAACCAUUACGUGUUUGCAUCGUGGGGAGCGGGCCAGCUGGGUUCUACACUGCCGAUAAGAUUUUGAAAGCUCACGAGGGAGCUGAAGUUGAUAUAGUUGAUCGGUUACCUACGCCAUUUGGAUUAGUCAGAUCCGGAGUGGCUCCUGAUCAUCCUGAAACAAAGAUUGUGAUGAACCAGUUUUCUCGGGUUGCUCAAAAUAGACGUUGCUCGUUCAUUGGGAAUGUCUCUCUUGGAGCCUCUAUAUCUUUGGCUGAGCUGCGUGAAUUAUAUGAUGCGGUGGUGCUUUCUUAUGGAGCUGAAAGUGAUCAAGCUCUAGGAAUACCCAGAGAAGAUCUGUCUGGGAUAUACGCUGCCAGAGAAUUUGUUUGGUGGUAUAAUGGCCACCCAGACUGCCGAAAUCUGGCACCAGAUUUGAAGAGCUCAGAUACUGCUGUUAUUAUUGGUCAGGGAAAUGUAGCUCUUGAUGUGGCGCGUAUCCUUUUACGACCAACUAGUGAAUUGGCAACAACUGAUAUCUCCUGCCAUGCUUUGGCAGCUUUAAGUGAGAGCUCCAUUAGAAAAGUGUAUUUGGUUGGAAGACGUGGAGCAGCACAAGCAGCCUUCACGGCGAAAGAACUGCGUGAAGUUCUACGUAUCAAGGACCUAUCCAUUGAAAUUCGGCAAGCAGAUUUAAGUAAAACCCCAGCAGAUGAGGAAGAACUAAAGAAUAACCGGAUUAAAAGGAGAAUUCAUGAACUGCUCUCUAAGGCUGCCACUCCUGCAACUUCCGUAUGCAAUCCAGGUCAAAAAGAACUGCACUUUGUUUUCUUCAGGAAACCAGACAGGUUCCUGGAAUCAGAUUGUAGAAGUGGUCAUGUUGCUGGUUUGCGGGUGGAGAGGACAAUUCUUAAAGAAGAUGUUGGCUCUGGGAAACAAAUUGCAGUUGGUACUGGACUUUUUGAAGAAAUGGAAUGCGGGCUGGUAUUGAAGAGUGUUGGUUACAAGUCGAUACCUGUUGAUGGCUUGCCUUUUGAUCACCGUAAAGGUAUUGUUCCAAAUGUUCGGGGACGUGUGUUAAGUGAAGCUUCUGAAGAUGCACAAGUCGAGAAAGGCUUGUAUGUAUGUGGGUGGUUGAAGAGAGGACCAACUGGGAUAAUUGCUACAAAUCUUUACUGUGCUGAAGAAACUGUCGCUAGCAUAUCAGAAGAUGUUGAGAGAGGAGUGGUAACAUCAAGAUCUGGCUUAUCUAAGCCCGGAAGGGAGGGCCUCCUCCAAUUGCUAGAUAGCAGGAAUGUCAAAAUUGUUCCAUUUGGUGGCUGGGAAAAGAUAGACAGUGAAGAGAAAAGAAGAGGUAGUCUGAAAAACAAACCCAGGGAAAAGCUUACCUCUUGGCAGGAUUUAUUAGAAGUUGCCACCAAGUGAUAAAAGUGUCUCCAAGAUGGCAGAUUUUGCUUACAUCUGUGGUUUUAUGGUUGAGGCAGGUGACUAGUGUUGUGGUUUUGUAACACAGCCGCCAUCAUUUGAAGUUUAUCACUGUAGUUGUAUUAAAGGCUCAGCUUAUGCAUUUCAGUUGAGGACCAAACACACUUUUUUUUGCAUUGAUUCCUCCAAUUUUUGGUAGUUAGUUGAAUCAGAUUAAGUGCGCACUAAAG